UCCGCUCCGGCCUGUAGCCGUGACCCCCCACGAAAACCCUAAUGGCGUCCCGCCUCCUUCACCUCCGCCGCCUCAUUACUCCUCCCUCCACCGUCCCCGCCGCUUCCUUCUCCACCGCCGUCAGCGCGACCCCGCGCGUCUCCGCGCUCGUCGACGAGAUCUGCGGGCUCACCCUCCUCGAGGCCUCUUCCCUGGCCGAUGCCCUGCGCGGCCGCCUCGGCGUCGACCAGUUGCCGCCACUAGCUAUCCUCACGGGCGGCGGCGCACCGCUCGUCGGCGGCGGAGUAGGUCCCGGCGCGGCCGGCGAGGAGGCGAAGGCCAAGGAGGAGAAGAUGGCGUUCGACGUGAAGCUGGAGGGGUUCGACGCCGCGGCGAAGCUCAAGAUCAUCAAGGAGCUGAGGGCGUUCACGAAUCUGGGUCUGAAGGAGGCCAAGGAUCUCGUGGAGAAGGCGCCCGCCGUGCUGAAGGCUGGAGUUCCCAAAGAGGAGGCGGAGAGUAUCGCCGAGAAGAUGCGGGCGCUCGGCGCCAAGAUUGUUCUCGAGUGAACGACGAGAGCUGUGUAUGCCCUCGUUUCUUGAUUUGUUUCGUGUUUCUUGUAUGAAAAAAAGAGAGAAUUUUGGAACAAGGAGAUAAUAAUUAGUAAAUUUGACUAGAGAUCUUUUCACUGCGAGUGCAAACACCAAUUGAGCUUCGGUGAAUACGAACUUAGACUUAGUGAUCAACUUUCGAGUUCUAUAUCAAUGCUUUUUAUGAGAUGUAUGACAUAUAGCGAACUCUAGCAUCAGAGUACCAUCUUCUGCUGAUUCUGUU